AUGGAGAACUAUUUCCAAGCAGAGGCAUAUAACCUCGAUAAGGUUUUAGAUGAAUUUGAGCAAAACGAAGAUGCCGCUGUUUCACCUACACUAUUGGGUGCAAAGUGGAAUCAGAUUCUAGAUCCGCCUUCUCGUCGUCUGUCAUUUAACCCGACCGUGGCCAAUGUGAAUGAAGCUACAACUCCUAAUGAAUGUCAACAGAGGUUAAAGUCUUUCUCCUUGGCUCAUUCAGAGACUACACCAACAGGAGGAGGGGAUCACUGUGCUAAUGGAAAGGAUUUUAGCAUAAGCCCAGAGACUCCAGUCAUGUGGAUUGAUGAUCAGGCAGCAGCAGAUGAUGCGUUGAUUAAAAGAAAUAGUAAUCGGGAUGAUCAGUGUAACACUGUGGAAACAGGAGAAAAGAAAUGUGGAAAUAUAGCUUGCUUGCCAGAGGAGAAAAAUGUACUAGUGGUGGCAGUCAUGCAUAACUGUGACAGAAGAACACUACAAAGUGGCGAUUUGCUGGAUUGUAAAAAUUACAACAGUCAGUCCCUAAUGGACACUAUUAGCUUUACACUGGAUAAUGAAAACAGGCAGAGUGAUCAGUUUAGUGUUACUGUAAAUGGAUCCACGGAAAAAGAUACAGAUACAGAAAAGCAAGUAAAUCGUCUGUGCACUGAAGAUGACUCUAUAAGUCAUUUGAUUAAUGCUUCAUCUGAAAGCCUGACCGUUUCAUGCCCCUCCUCUCAAUUAAAGGAUGAUUUUAAUAUGAGUAAAGAUUCACUGUUUUCAGAAGCUACAACUGCAGGGAUUAAUGCAGUGACUCUCUUACAGAGACCAGUUGAUGGUACCGUUAAAAUGCAAGAAAAUUGUGUAUCAGUUGAAAAUUUUUCUAGUAAAGCCAUUCCUCAGAGAAUGGAUCUAGAAGCUAAAAACUCUUCUGGUUCAAGUAAUGGUAGCUUAAUCAUAGAACAGGAAACAACCCAACAGUUACGGUCUAGACUAUCUGGGCUCACUGAAACUUGUCAACCUAAUGUGGCUGGAAGUGGCAACUACAAGGAACAUGUUGCAGAACAUUUUGCCCCUGAGGAUGUUAGUGCCACUGAAAGCGGAGUCAUUGAAUGUGAUAAAAAUCUUGGCACAACGGAAUUGCUCAGCGUGGCAGAGUGUUACCCUGAAUCUCAGGAGAUGACUAAUUGGGAACUGACUAAGUUGAAUGAGAUGAAUAAUAAGCAAACUCUGGGAGAGAAUGAAAGACUUUUGCAGACGAAACAGCCUGAUGAGGCAUGUAGUGAUAGUAAAGAUGAUGGAGAUGGGAUGAUGGAGGCAGGCAUAGACUUAAAAGGAACUGGUAUAGAUGAGCUUGAGGGGUCCAGUCUCUCUGAUGUGAUGCCUACAUCAGCAGCAAGCUCUCUGUCUAAUGGUUGUGAUUCCUAUGGAAUGCAGAACCCGGUUGUUUCUCAUGUUCCAAAGACUCUACCCUCCAAGGAAGACUCGGUAACAGAGGAAAAGGAGAUAGAGGAGAGCAAGUCAGAAUGUUACGCUAAUGUUUAUGAACAGAGAGGAAAUGAGACCACAGAAGGGAGUAGUCUUAUUUUAAACAGCACUGGUGACCACAUAAAGAAAAAUUAUUUACAUAAUCUUUGUAGUCAGGUUUCAUCCAUUCAAGGGCAAACUUCACCAAAACCAGUGACUAAUCUGCAAUCUAUCAGUGUUCCUUUUGGUGGUGCAAGACCUAAACAACCUACAAAUCUUAAACUGCAGAUUCCGAAGCCAUUAUCGGACCACUUACAAAAUGAUCUUGUUCCCCCAAAUUGUGGAGGUAAUAGUAAAAACAAAAACGUCUUUGGUAAAACACAAUUAGGGGAUACAGCAGACACGUUUCCUGGUGAAACAUCUUUAAAUGCCUCUGUUACUGAUACUAAUGGGGAACAUUUGGAAGAGUAUGAAUCUGGAGUCUCCAGUAUUCCGUGCCUUGCAGUAGCCCCAGAUAGUCCAGAUAAUGAUCUCAGAGCUGGUCAGUUUGGAGCUCCAGCCAGAAAGCCUUUUACGACUUUGGGUGAGGUGGCUCCAGUUUGGGUUCCAGAUUCUCAAGCACCAAACUGUAUGAAAUGCGAAGCCAGAUUUACAUUCACCAAAAGAAGGCAUCAUUGCAGAGCUUGUGGGAAGGUUUUUUGUGCGGCAUGCUGUAGCCUAAAGUGCAAGUUGCUGUACAUGGAUCGGAAGGAGGCUAGAGUGUGUGUAAUCUGCCAUUCAGUACUAAUGAAUGCUCAAGCCUGGGAGAACAUGAUGAGUGCCUCAAGCCAGAGUCCUAACCCUAACAAUCCCGCUGAAUACUGUUCUACUAUCCCUCCUUUGCAGCAGGCUCAGGCCUCGGGCGCCCUGAGCUCUCCGCCUCCCACUGUCAUGGUACCUGUGGGAGUUUUAAAGCAUCCUGGAGCAGAAGUGGCUCAACCUAGAGAACAAAGGCGUGUUUGGUUUGCUGAUGGGAUAUUACCCAAUGGAGAAGUUGCCGAUGCAGCAAAACUGACAGUGGCUGGGACAACUUCCACAGGAACCUUAGCAGUGUCGCAUGAUCCAUCAAAGCCCGUGACCAACAACACUUUAUCAGCAGAAACUGAUAAUGCUUCUGUAUUCUCGGGAAAUAUAACUCAGGUUGGCAGUCCUGUUGGCAGUGCAAUGAAUCUAAUUCCUGAAGAUGGUCUUCCUCCAAUUCUCAUCUCCACUGGAGUAAAAGGAGACUAUGCUGUAGAAGAGAGACCUUCUCAGAUCUCUGUCAUGCAGCAGCUGGAGGAUGGUGGCCCUGACCCUCUUGUAUUUGUUUUAAAUGCUAAUUUGCUGUCCAUGGUAAAAAUAGUAAAUUAUGUGAACAGGAAGUGCUGGUGUUUCACUACAAAAGGCAUGCAUGCAGUGGGGCAGUCAGAGAUAGUCAUUCUCUUGCAGUGUUUGCCUGAUGAGAAAUGUUUGCCUAAGGAUAUCUUUAACCAUUUUGUGCAACUUUACCGGGAUGCCUUAGCAGGUAAUGUUGUUGGCAACCUGGGACACUCCUUUUUCAGCCAGAGCUUCCUUGGAAGCAAAGAACAUGGAGGGUUCUUGUACAUUGCAGCUACGUAUCAGUCCCUACAAGACCUGGUGCUCCCAACCCCACCGUACUUAUUUGGCAUCCUCAUUCAGAAAUGGGAGACUCCCUGGGCUAAAGUGUUCCCCAUUCGGCUGAUGCUGAGACUUGGAGCUGAAUACAGACUUUAUCCAUGCCCACUUUUUAGUGUCAGAUUUCGUAAGCCUUUGUUUGGAGAGACUGGACACACGAUUAUGAACCUUCUUGCAGACUUCAGAAAUUACCAGUACACGCUGCCUGUGGUCCAAGGUUUAGUGGUUGAUAUGGAAGUCAGAAAAACCAGCAUCAAAAUUCCUAGCAACAGAUACAAUGAG